UUCUAUAUCUUUCACUUCUGCUUGGAGUCGGCUGGCAAUAAGUUUUACUUUUUCACCCUCUUCGUUGGAUUUACGAUAAAGAUAGUCAAAAUGACAGAACAGUCUCCAGUCGAUUUGGCCAACAGGGAUCCAAAUGAUAUUAACGCACAUGUCGGGGUUAACUUCGAAGAUGUGUUCGGCGAGCCCGAGAGUUUCCACUCGAUAGACUGCGUGUGGACCAACUCGUACAAGUGCUUCACGUGCACCAAGAACUGCUGCUACAAGAUCCUCAGUCUGCUGUGCGGCAUCUUCAUCGCCUUCUGCUGGGGCUGCGAGUUCGCCAUGAUCGCAUUCCAGCACAUCUGGCACAUCGGUCCAUGCUACAAAGUCUGCAUGAUCAACCUGGGCUGCGCACAGAAAUUCUUCGGCUCAGUAAUGCAGUGUUGUUUGGCACCAGUCUGUGAAGCAAUGGGAAUGUUCUUUAGCAACAUAAAGGUCGAAAACAAAUAGGGACGCAGUCCAUAAACUGACUUGGAAAAUCCGUCGUCUUCGUAAUAAAGGACGAAGGAUUCUCCAAUCAACAAUAACUAAUUCUUUCGCGUCAGUUUUGAAGAAAUGAACGUACAGAGGGCCAGUUGAACGGACUUCUUGACAUUAUCUUGCGAUACAAGGAAGUCAUGUUGCGACAUUUCGUGUGUUUCUGUGACUGUAAAUACUCAUUAAUACUUCGAUAGAACUUCUCGCUAUCUUUUCUGCCAUGGCAUACCUUUUCCUCUAGUCCCUAUUUUGCAUGUUUGUAUAUCUAACAGUGUAAAAAAGAGAAAAUAUCUGUUACCCUGUACAUAAAGGAAACCUUAUCUGUGAUAAUCAAUAAAUCUACUCGUUUUAUUA